AUGGUAGACUAUCGCGGCAACAUUCUGCUAGAUACAUUUGUCCGACCGACUCAGCCAGUCAGCGACUAUAGAACACCAGAGACCGGUUUGCAACCUCUGACUCUAGCGUUAGCGCCGACUUUCAUCGACGUGCAGCGCCAGGUGGCAGCACUGAUAAAGGACAAAGUUAUCAUAGGAUAUUCUCUGUGGCAGUUCCUAUCGGUCUUGGGUCUCGCUCACCCGGCUAUCGACACUCGAGACGUGGCCUUAUUCAUGCCGUUCCGCCGCAGUUUGGGGUCUAAACCCAGCGUCACACUCCCUCUAGUGACUCUGAUAAAUCGCUUGAUGGGACGCCACAUUGGCCUGCACGGCGAGUUCCCGGUGGAACAUGCGCGAGCUGCACUCGACCUCUUCCGUUCAUGUGAACACACAUGGGAAGAGAUCAUCGAGACGGGGGCCUGGCCAUGCGCUCUGCCUCCUACCGCAUAUGCGAACUGUUUCACCUGA